AUGGCGGAAGCCACAGGUGCGGCAAAUGUUAAUCCCAAUGCUGAAAUUGUUCGAGGACAAAUUUUCGAAGUAGGCCCUCGGUACGCAAAUUUGGCUUACAUCGGAGAAGGAGCCUAUGGAAUGGUUGUGUCCGCCACGGAUGCAGUAACGAAAACGAAAGUGGCAAUAAAGAAGAUAUCUCCGUUCGAGCAUCAAACUUAUUGCCAAAGGACACUCAGGGAAAUCAAAAUACUCACACGUUUUAAACACGAAAAUAUAAUUGAUAUUAGAGAUAUACUUCGUGCAGCAACAAUAGAUCAAAUGAGGGAUGUAUACAUUGUACAAUGUUUGAUGGAGACUGAUUUAUAUAAACUCCUUAAAACACAGAGACUGAGUAACGAUCACAUAUGUUACUUCCUUUAUCAAAUUCUCAGAGGGCUGAAAUAUAUACAUUCGGCAAAUGUACUUCAUAGAGAUUUAAAACCAAGUAAUCUACUUCUAAAUACUACCUGUGAUCUCAAAAUAUGUGAUUUUGGGCUAGCCAGAGUAGCAGAUCCAGAACAUGAUCACACGGGAUUUUUAACAGAGUAUGUAGCUACAAGAUGGUAUAGAGCACCAGAAAUUAUGCUUAAUUCCAAAGGAUAUACAAAAUCAAUUGAUAUAUGGUCGGUGGGAUGUAUUUUAGCGGAAAUGUUAGCAAAUAGACCAAUAUUUCCUGGAAAACAUUAUUUAGAUCAAUUAAAUCACAUUCUUGGAGUCCUAGGGUCUCCCUCACAAGAAGACUUGGACUGUAUUAUUAAUGAAAAAGCAAGAAGUUACUUACAGUCUUUGCCAUAUAAACCAAAAGUUCCGUGGUCUAAAUUAUAUCCAAACGCUGAUCCCAAAGCGCUAGAUCUCUUGGAUAAAAUGUUAACUUUUAAUCCUCACAAAAGAAUAGGAGUUGAAGAAGCGUUAGCACAUCCUUAUCUUGAACAGUAUUAUGAUCCAGCCGAUGAGGUUGUAGAUGGCGCCAUACCAGACUCCAUAAGGAACUGA